AUGAAGUCUCUCCCGGUUCUCCUCCUAGCCACGCUUGCGGUCUGCAAGCCCACGGUGUACAUGAUCCGUCACGGUGAGAAGCCCGACGAUGAUGGCACUGGCUUGAGUACACAGGGACAGCAGAGGGCACAGUGCCUCCGCAGUGUAUUCGGUGCGAGCUCUCAGUACAACAUUGGAUACAUCUUAGCCCAGGAGUACAAGUCCAAUGGCAAGAGAGAGCGGCCAUACGACACCGUACUGCCCGUGGCCACUGAUCUUGGGCUGACCGUCGAUACCUCGUGUGACCGGGACGACAGCAAGUGUGUCAAGAAGGCUGUGAAGAACUACAGCGGCAGUGGCAAUAUCCUCAUCUGCUGGGAGCACAAUGAACUCACUAGCAUUGCCGAGGAACUUGGUGUCGAUGACGCCGGGGACUACCCCGAUGAUCGGUUCGACCUGAUCUGGACACUCCCUUCCCCUUAUGACGCUAUCGCAUCAAAGACUUCUGAGCAGUGUCCUGGCCUUGAUUCAUAA